AUAUUGAUGAAAAAUUUGGUGAAGCUAUUGGUCAAGUUAAACUUUAGGUGGUUCUCCUGGCUUAUUUACGAUUUAUUUAAGUAGUUGUCUUCAUAGUUUAUAAUAUGAUAUUCAUAGGUGAAGUUAAUUGUUGUAGGUUGAUAGUAAUUAGUAUGUAAUGAUCCAAAUUCCGGGUAAAUCUGAUGUAUGGAUGUUUUUCGUCUAUUACUUUUUUUAUUUUUUUCAGUCAAAUGAAGUGAAGUAAAUUUUUCAAAUCUUGCAAAAUACUAUACCAAAUAAUAAUUCAAUAAGAUCCCUAUUAAAGGAGGUUUGGACAAAUAUCACUAUGGUUUUAAGGAUAAGGAGGUGUCCAAACAUUCAAAUAAAGAAAAUUAUCACUCGAAAUUACUCGUCACCAGCCUUAUCUUUACAUGAAGAUGCUUUAAGACCCAAUGAGUCCGAUCGGAUUAUAACAAAUUCAAGAACCACCAUACUGGCAAAGUCAACUUCCACCAUUAAUACUGAGUCUAUAAAAGUGAAUGACUUUAUCAAAUUGUUGCCGUCUGAAAGAUUUAAUAAUGAAGUGUAUGUCGAAUAUUCCAGUGGAUCAUUCAAACUUGAAGAUUUAAGUAAAACUUUAAAAUUAAAGCAUGAGAUAUAUAAACUAUUGGAAUCCAAUAAUGUGAAAGCUAUAGCUGAUUUGUUCUUACAAUGGAGUGAAAAGUCAUUAUCGAAUCUAUUAGAAUCAUUAACUCGUCAAGAGUUUUCAUAUAUUAUCAAAAGAAUCAUAAUUUGUCAAACUGGAUUAUUACAAAGAUAUGCUUUGGAUACCAUUAAUGAAAAGACCAAAAAUUCAAAUCCAAUCAUUUCCAAAUUACAUGAUGAUACUCGUCUGAAUGAUAAAGUAUCUGAAUCAAGAGUUUUAUUAGACUCCAUCAGAAAAAUCUAUAGUAAUUUGAUUUAUACCGAUCAUCAAGAUUACAUAUAUCAAAAAUCAAAACGAUCAAAUUUAUAUAAUUCACCAAAUCUUACAGGGUAUACUUUACAAGUGGAAGAUUAUGAGAAUUUAAUCUUUAUGGAGUAUCAUAAUUUAAAAUUUGAUUUAGCUGCCAAAUGGUUUCAUAGAUUUGAACUUGAACAUCCUGAGAAUUAUCGAGAAUUAAUGACAUUUAAUAUGUGGUUAUUAAAAUUCAAAUUACAUGCCGGUGGAUCUCCACUUGGUUGGGUAUCGAAAUCAACCAAUACAUUCCAAUAUUAUCGUGAUCCUAAAUUCUCGGGUUUUAAACAAGCCAGAUCUUAUAAAUCUAUCUUGAAUGACUUUUUAAUAGGUACAAACCAAUCGAUAGAUGAUUUCACAUUAAAUAAUGAACUUGCUGAAGUUUUGAUAUAUUCAAUUAGUUAUAGUGGGGAAUUAAAUGAAUUGUAUGAAUUCAUAGAGUUGACAUAUGGCAUCAAUUCCAAGGGAGAGUUAAACCCUGAGUUCAAACGUUUUGAUCAAGAUGAUUCUAGAUAUCCAAAUAUUAAAGUUUUAAAAGCAAUUAUAGUAUCUUUAUCAAGUCAUCAAGAAUUUUUUAAGAGUUUAAAAUAUAUAACUGCUUUUGAAGAUCAUUAUGGAGUUAGUAUUAAUGAUCGAAAAUCAAUAUCAUUUUGGGAAGAAUUAUUUAAAGGGUGUGAUCUUUCUACUAAAUAUAAUCAACGAAGAUCACUUGCAUAUUAUUUACAACAAACAUCAAAAACAGAUUCUAAUAAAGUUAGACGAUCAUCUAAAACCUUACAAGAAGUUCAACAAGAUGUUAAUUUUGAUUAUGAAGGAUAUUUAACCUUUAUGGAUGAAUUAAAGAGUGAACGUAUCAAUACCUUCAAUCAAUUAUGGACAUUAUAUCAACAAGAAACUGGAGGUCAUUUUUCAUUAAGAAUCUAUAAGCUUUAUUUUGAUUAUUUAAAAGAAGAAUUGAAUGAAUCAUCAGAACAGACGGAAGAAUUAUAUUAUUCAUAUUUAACAUGUUUAUUGAAUCAAUAUCAUAAGUUUGCUAUUAAUCAUGAUCAACAAGGUUUUACCACUCGAGAUGGAUUUAAUUUUGGUAAACAAAAUAAAAUCGAUCAAUCGAUAGGGUUACUAUAUGAACAGACCAUGAAAAGUUUAAUUGAUUAUAAAUGGAAGGCAACAUAUGCUGGCCAAUGUAUUCCAUUAAUAAAUAAAUGGUCCCUUGAUGAAGAAAUGAAUGAUAAAUUAAUGAAUUGGUGGAAGACAAUUAGAGCUCCCCGAUAUAGAGAAAUGAUCGAGAAAAAGAGAGUUGAAUUUAUGGCCAACUUACGUAAUGAAGAUAAGGAAGAUGAUGAAUCAUUAUUAGAUUUAUUAUAGACCCACUACAAGUGUAUAUAGCAUAUAUUUAUUUAUUAGCAUAAUCAUAAAGGAAACUAUACCAUUAUAAACUGAAGUUGUAGAUACCUUCUGGAAGUAGUCGUGUGCUGGUCCUCAUUUUGUAACACGUAAUUAAAGGA